GCUGGUUUUCACUGUACCCUUUUAGUAAUGGCCAAAAGUAUUUACGAAUAUGUUCGAAAUUUCGAAAUUAUGGAUCCCUGUCUUCCUUCCACAUGGAUUGUUGUUCGUUUAGAUGGACAAGGUUUUCAUAAAUUUACAGCAAAGCAUAAUUUUAUCAAACCAAAUGAUACACGUGGUUUAUCGUUGUCAGUACGUGCAGCAGAACGUGUUAUGCAACGACAGAAAGAAAUUGUUCUAGCUUAUGGUCAAUCAGAUGAGUUUAGUUUCGUAUUUAAAAAAUGUACUGAAGUGUUUAAUCGACGAGCAAGCAAAAUAUCCAGUACAGUUGUUUCGUUGUUCACAUCUUCAUAUGUUUUUGAAUGGCCGAAGUAUUUUCCUGAUACUCCAUUACUGUAUCCACCAGCGUUUGAUUCUCGAGUAAUACUUUAUCCAACGAAUAAAACUCUCAGGGAUUAUUUAAGUUGGCGUCAGGUUGAUUGUCAUAUCAACAAUCUCUAUAAUACUUGUUUUUGGAAACUUGUUCAAAAUGCUGGCCUAAGUGGAACAGAGGCUGAAGAACGCUUAAGAGGAACGUUAUCAAGUGACAAAAAUGAGUUAUUGUUUUCACAAUUCAACUGUAAUUAUAACAAUGAACCAGAACUAUUUCGCAAAGGCACUGUAUUAUUUAGAAAUAAUUCUACCAUUGAACAAGCCAAUAUCGAUAUCAUUAAAGAUCAGUUUUGGGAUGAACAUCCUUACAUAUUAUUGGAGCCUGAAUAAGUCAGAAUUGUCGGAUUCAUUUGUUCUCCAGCCUAUCAGUAUGCAAAUUUAUGCAUCUAUUUUUGUAUGUAUAAAUAUAUUUAUACAUUUUCUCCUGAAUUUUAUGCAUUACUGUACAUAUUACACUGUAUUUACGGAACAAAAACUGCUAAUUUAUUAUUUAUUGGUAAACUGACUUUUGUUUUCACUGAAGAAAAGGUUUUCUAGAGU